AUGGUUAAAUGUAUCAACAUUGCUAAAUUUAUUGCUACUACGGGGCUUACACGAGAAGAUAUCAACAACGAAAUUGAAGUAUGUUCGAUGUUAAGGCAUUCAUUUUUGUGCCAAAUGAAGGAUUUCAUAACGGGUAAUGACUAUGUUUAUAUUAUAUUUGAACAUGUUCAAGGUGAUGAUAUAUGUUUUGAAAUUGUUACUCGAGUUAGUCAGGGAUUCGUUUAUAGUGAAGCAGUUGCCAGCCAUUAUAUUAGACAACUACUUCAAGCUUUAGUUUAUAUGCAUAGUUAUAGUAUAAUUCAUCGAGAUAUUCGGCCUCAUAAUGUUCUUCUGGCCAGCAAAGAUAAUUCAGCGCCUUUGAAACUGAACGGGUUUGGUGUCGCAUUAAAGCUUCCUUCGCCUAAUGCGACUGUUCUUGCAGGACCCGUGGGAACUCCACAAUUUAUGGCACCUGAAGUUGCUGCCAAUAAAGAGUAUGGUACAAAAUCAGAUAUGUGGAGUAUCGGUGUACUGCUUUAUGUGUUGUUAUGUGGAAAAUUACCAUUUGUUGGAUCUAAAGAAAAUAUCUAUAAAAAUAUUUCCGAAGGCCGUUUUAUGCAUCAGGGAGGUGCUUGGGAAUAUAUUAGCAGUUCAGCUGCAGAUUUGGUUGGCCGUCUGUUGACGGUGGAUCCAGAAAAACGAAUAUCUGCAGCUGAAGCACUGAAUCAUGAAUGGAUCUGCGAUAGAGAAUAUAAAGCGCCCAAAACUCAUCUGCAUGAAACUGUUGAGCAAAUUCGACGAUAUAACUUAAGACGAAAGUUGAAAGCAAGUUACAGAUUUAGCAAAGUUGUGGCUGUAGUUAACAGCGAGAAAUGGAACACCUGUCCAGAUGAUGUUUUCAACGUUUCAACUCGUUGUAUGACCGGAGAUGCCUUUCCAGGCGGCGAUACAUGUGAUGCUGAUGGAUGUACGAAAAAAGGUCCAGAAAAAGAUAUGCCUCCCGAAUUCUCUGGUGUCGAAAAGAUUCUUUCGUCGUUGGAUCAAAUCGCUGCACUGCAGGAUAUGCCAUCGGUUUCAGAAGUUAACGAUGGGACAGCAACUACGGACGGGUUAUCGUCGGAUCAGGAAUUUAAGAAUUUACUUGAUGUAAGUCAGGUUGAGCCUACUGCUGUUACUACUAAAUACUGUGGUCUCAGUAGUUGUUAG